AUGGUAUUUAUUAAAUUGAUAAAGAUAGAAGGUUUCAAAUCAUAUCAACAUUUAGAUUUGGCAUCGAAUACAUUCUCACCAGGUUUCAAUGUAAUUACUGGUAGAAAUGGUGCAGGUAAAAGUAAUCUAUUCAGUGCGAUUAGAUUUAUGUUGGGUGAUUUAGGUGGUGGUCAAAAGGAAGAACGUACCAAAUUGUUGUUUACAUACGGUUCGAAAACAGUACAAAGUGGAUAUAUAGAAAUUGAAUUUGAUAAUACCGAUAAUAGAUUUCCUGUAACUAUUGAAUUGAUUAUUGUUAUCGAUAUUAUACCAAAGAAAUCAUUUACAUUAAGAAGAUCGUUCAGUGCAACGAAAGAUGAAUACUCGUUGGACAAACAAAAGAUACCGAAAUCCGAUGUGAAGAGUUUGAUGGAAGCGGCCGGUCUGUCGGCUUCCAAUCCCUAUUUCAUUGUGCAGCAGGGUCAGAUCACCGAUUUGGCGUUGAUGAACAAUCAGGCGCGUCUAGAGCUGCUGAAGGAGGUGGCAGGUGCGCGUGUCUACGAGGAGCGCAAGUCCGAGUCGGUCAAGAUGAUGUUGGACACACAACAGAAGAUCGUGCAGAUCGACGAGUACUUCACCUAUAUGGACGAUAAGAUUGCGCAGCUGCAGAAGGAGCGCGAGGAACUACUGUUGUUCCAGCAGCUGCGCGCCGACAAGAAGCUGUUGGAAGCGUACAUCGCGCAAAUCGACCAGUCGCUCACCGCCGACUUGAUUCGCGGUCACGAGCGUGACAAAGAGGCAAUGUUGAUCGAGGCGGAUCGUGCCGCCAAGGAACUGACGCGGUUGCACGAGGAGCUGAGAAAGGAGUCGACGCUGCUGGCCGAGCGCGGCCUGGAGACGAAGCGCGACCGUCUCGAGCUCGAAUCACUGGAGAAGUUGUUCGAGGAGCACUUGGAGCGUCGCGCCAAAGUAGAAGUCAAUCUCAAACACUUGAAAGAUCUAACCAAGAAACAAAAGUCGCGAUACGACAAACUCCGCGCGGAACGCGACAAGCUCGAAAAGUCAAUAACCUCAACCACCUCGAAAAUCUCUGAUACCCUACCACUCAUUGAAUCAAUCGAUGAAGAACUGAAAACAUUAGAUGAACAAAUCUCAAGCAAUGAAAUUAGAUUGAAUCAAUUGUAUGUGAAACAAGGAAUGUUGAAAUUCAAAUCAAAGGCGGAAAGAGAUGGUUACUUGAAGAAUGAAUGUAAGAAUAUUGGUGAAUCGAUAAAGUUGCUUGGAAAUCAGAUUGGUCAGAUCAAUGGCGAUCUGGAGAGAUCGAAACAGCUGUUUGAGAAGCGUGAACAGUCAAAGGUGGAGAUGCGUAAUCAAGAGGUGGAGGAGCGAGCAAGGAUGCAAGAGAUUCAGGCGGAGAUCAACACGGUAAAGGGAGAGCGUGAAGCACUCGAGAAACAACUGAGAAUCUACCUGCAGAAUGAACAGAUGCAUCGCGCCAAUCUGGCGAAUGUCAGAGAUCAGAUGAAUCGGGCGGAGCGACACUUGCAGUCGAUCGUGCCGCGUGGUCUCUACGAGGGUAUCGCCAAGAUAAACCAGCUACGUGCCGACGGCAAAAUCACUGGUGUGUACGGUCCGCUCAUUGAGCUGAUCGCGUUGCGCGAUGAGAAUACCUAUAAGGCAAUCGAUACGAUCGGUGCCAACAAUCUGUUCCACGUCGUCGUCGACACUGACGACACUGCCGCCAAGCUGCUGGAGAUGAUCAACACCGAUAGUGUCGGACGUAUCACUUUUAUGCCGUUGAAUCGUCUCAAUCUGAAGAAGAGUGCUAAACCACUGCCGAAAGCAACCGACGAGUAUCAGCCGUUGAUCGACAUCCUCGAGUUUGAUCCGAUGUUUGAGACCGCAGUGAAGAUCAUCUUUGGCAAGACGAUGUUCUGCGUGAACAACGAGAGUGCCGAAGAGCUGCGAAAGGAGAACGUCGACUGUGUUACUCCCGAUGGAGAUUUGUUCUAUGCUAAGGGUGCGAUUAUGGGUGGUUAUCACAACACGACGCGUUCGCGUUACCUCGCCUACCUCGAUUAUCUCCAGUGGCGAGAGAAACUGGAGCGCGCCAACCAAGAUAUCGUCGACAAUGAAAAGACAAUCGCAGAGCAACAGAAACAUAUUGCCGAAGUAAACAAGACUAUCUCGCAAAAGAUAGCAGAGCGUGAUACUGUCUCUGCGCAAGUCGAACUGCUCCAAACGGAGCAGCAGUCGGGCGGAUCCAGCUCCAACUUUAGCGAUGCCAUUCGCGAGAAGGAAACUAUUCUCAAGACGAUCCAAGUCGAGUAUUCCAAUUUGGAGCGACAGCUUAAAGGACACGAGGAACAGAUCGACUCGCCUUUUGCAACGACGCUAACGGAGGAGGAGAAAGAGGAACUUGCCAAACUGACAGAGCAAACGAUGAAGUUGAAGGAGGACAAGGUUAGUCUGACACAAAAAGCAUCGGAACUUCAGAUGACCCGUCAUCGUAUGGAAGAUCAAUUGAAGAACAAUCAUCAAAAGCGAAUGAAGGAUAUCGAAGAGGAGAUUCGUCAUCUGCGUCAGUUUGACGAGAGCAGUCCCGACUCGGCUUUGGAGGAAGCGCAGACUGCCUACGAGACAGAAGACAAUGAGGUCGGCAAGCUUGCAGAGACAAUCAAGAAGUUUAAAGAUGAAAAGAAAACACCGAAUCAAGAGCGAUAUCAGCAAUUGAAGACCGACAUUGCCAAGAAGAAAGAGUUGGUCACUGCCACCGAGACAAAGCUGCGUGAAACCGCCAAGAAACUCGAGAGAAUCGUCAUCGAUCUGAAGGAUCACACCACCUCUAGCACCAAGAGUAAAGCACAGGCGACAGCACAAUCUUUGAAUUUCGAGAGUCUCGAAGGAAUGACAAAGAAACAAGCGAAUGAACAGUUGAGACAGGUGAAUGCAGAGAUCAAGCAGUACACCGCGCGAAACUUGAAGGCCGAUGAACAAUACAAGAGUGCGCUGGAAGUGCGUAACGGCUUGCAAUCGAGAAAAGCGGAACUCGAUGAAUCUGUUAAAGCCAUUACCAAUCUCAUUUUGACGAUGGAUGCUAAAAAGGAUGAAGCUAUCGCCCGUACUUUCUCGGGUGUCGGUAAGCAUUUCUCUGAUAUCUUCCGAGAGAUGAUUCCGGGUGGACACGCCAACUUGAUCAUCAAACGAAAGUUUGACAAUGACGACGAAGGUGAAGAACCGAACGAGUGGGAUCAAAACGGUGUGCUGCACAAGCCAGACGAUAUGGAAUACACUGGAAUCGGUAUUAGAGUUUCCUUUGGUGAAGGACAUCAAACACACACCAUGAAGCAGCUGUCCGGUGGUCAAAAGACACUGGUUGCACUCACCCUGAUUUUCGCAUUGCAACGUACUGAUCCUGCGCCUUUCUAUUUGCUCGAUGAAAUCGAUGCAGCACUCGAUCACACCUAUCGUGUCGCCAUCUCAAAGAUCAUUCGUAAGCAUGCCAAGUUCACUCAGUUCAUCGCCACCACGUUUGGACCAGAGUUUGUCAUGGACGCCAAUCAAAAUUGGAUCGUAACAUUCUCGAAAGGUGAAUCGAAGCUGUUGCCCGGUUCGCAAUCCGAUGCACUCAAUAUCAUCAAACAGCUGGACAGCAAUCACAAACAGGAUUUCUCGUAUACCGGUAUCACGCUCGAGGAGGAAUGGACCGGUCCAACGAUGCUCGGUUACCAAGAGGACAAGUAUGUUGUCGAGAUGGAGUAUCAGAAAUGCAAGAAACGUGCACUACGCGCGCUCAAGAAUGCUGAGGAUGCAUGCAACCAGAUGACAGUCUCGGCCAACCUGAUGAACAGCGCGUCGCAAUCAACGCUCGAGUCACUCACCAAUCAACUGGUCGAGAAGAAGAAAGAGUUUGACGCUCUCCACCGAAAAUACCUACGUUAUCUCAAGGAUUACAACGAAGCGAAAUCUCAUUUCAUUAAAUCCGGUGGACAUAUCACAGCUGGCGCACUGGAUGACCCGACUGCCGCCUCAAUGGAAACCGGUGGCGACAACGAAUCAGAACUCUCGAAAUCGCAACUCGAGCAAGAAGACGACGAAAUGCUUCAACUCGAAAAUUCAUUCUCACAAAAAGUUAGAAAAAGCCAUUGGCAAAAGAGAGUCGUUAACAUCACUGCACUCGGUGAUGACGACGAUGAUGAUGACGACGAUUUCUCUUCAUCUGAUGAAGAUGAUGAUGAAAAUAAUAACAAUAACAAUAAUAAUAACUAA